CCCUAUCUGUCUAAACAUGGAAGUGGAAGAGGCAGCAGAGGUCGUUCAGGGCAGCAAAAACUGCACCGGGAGACCCGUGAAUGUGAACCUCGAACUAACUGUCGACGAGGUGGUUGAGGAUUACGUGGGGUCGUUUGGGGUUUCCCAGUUCAUACAUGUGUUUUUGGUGUCCCUGGCGUGGAUAUUUGAUUCACAGAGCACGCUGGUCACGAUCUUUACCGACGCCCAACCGAAGGCUUGGAGGUGCAAAAUCCCGAACAACGAUGGGGCCUGCAGCGGCAAUGGGGUGGGCCCAGUCUGUGGGUUGAGGCCUGGGACUUGGGAGUGGGUCGGGGGAAACGCGAGCUCGGUUAUUGCCGAAUGGGGCCUCAUCUGUGACCGCAAGUUACUUGCUGCGACACCGGCCUCUUUGUUCUUUAUCGGGUCUUUACUAGGCUCUGCUGUUUAUGGUCGAUUAGCCGAUGGAUGGCUUGGUAGAAAGAGGACAGUCCUAAUCUCUUCCCUCCUCGCCUCGGCUACGGCUUUCCUCACGUCCCUCUCGCCAAACAUUUGGGUCUACGCUUUCCUCCGGUUCGCGAAUGGUUUCGCCAGGUCAGGGAUCGGGAUCAGCUGCAUCGUGCUGACGACAGAGUGCGUGGGCAGGAAGUGGCGGGGCCAGGUGGGCCAGUACGGGUUCUUCUUCUUCACGGCGGGCUUCCUCUCCCUCCCCGUGAUUGCUUACCCGACCAGAACUCACUGGAGGAACAUGUACAAGAUCAUAGCCACUUUCCCUCUCUUUUAUUCCAUCUUCUUGCUACCUUUCGUUUCAGAGUCUCCUCGAUGGCUUCUUGUGAGGGGACGUAACAAAGAAGCGCUCAAUGUGCUCAAAAAUUUCGCCCGGCUUAACGGGAAGACCCUGCCCUCGAAUCUCUGCCUAUUGAAUCCGAGUCCACCGAAAGGGAAUGCAAGUGCGGCAUCGGCAGUAGCGACAAAUACAAGCAACAAAUCAGAAAGUGUGUGGCGGGCUAGAUGGGCUGUGCGACGGAUAAUCCACAUCAUGCUCGCAGGGUUCGGGGUCGGGUUUGUCUACUACGGGAUUCAGCUCAAUGUUGAGAACCUCAACUUCAACCUCUACUUCACGGUGGGCCUCAACGCCCUGAUGGAGAUCCCUGCAGUCUUCCUUGGCUCCGUGCUCCUCGGGUUCACUAACCGCCGUCUCCUCUUCUCCCUAUCUGCCUUCUUGGCAGGCCUCUCUUGUCUCCUCUGCAUCAUCUUCUCCCACCGGAACCAGGCCGGUGGACAUGGUAAGCUCAAGUCCGCAGGGAACUGGGCACAGCUCAUGAUCCAAGGGAUCGGGUUCAUGGCAGCCUCAACUGCCUAUGAUGUGCUAUACAUCUACUGCGCAGAGCUAUUCCCAACGAACGUCAGGAACUUCGCAGUGUCCCUACUGCGGCAAGCCCUGAUGUUGGGGGCUGCAGUGGCGCCAUUAUUGGUCGCGCUUGGGCGUGUGAGCCCUGCACUGUCAUUCCUUGUGUUCGGAGUAUUAGCGAUACUUAGCGGGACCAUGAGCCUUUGGCUUCCCGAGACACGGCAUGCUCCACUCUACGACACCAUGAAGCAGCAGGAGCAGGAGGAGAAGCUAGGAAAUAAAUCCGGUGAUUCAGGUUUAGAACUUGGGAAGUAGAUCGAACCAAAGAUUAUAAAAACCGAAUACUGGAUGAUAGGUUGAAGUAUGUAUAUGAAAGGUAUCUGUACUCUCUGUUGCAAUUUGAUUUCUCUAUGGCAUGUUAAAAAGCUCAGUACGCAUUUGCGAACCCAGGCUGUGAAUUUGGUACUCUCCAAGAAAUAUCAUGAUACCCCGCGAUCAGGAAAUAA